AUGAACAAAGUACAAUCAGCUGUGUUCCAGACUGGUGUGAGCGACCACUAUAAUAGUACUGGCCUGACUAUCACUGCCACUGCCACUGUACCUCAUACUGACAAACCUCGCUGGCGACUCCACUACACAAUUUUCAAAAUCGACGAGAAACUCAAAUAUUCACAGUUGUUGGCGGAUUACCAUAAAUCAUCAACCAACUUUAAAACGUCAAGCACAAUUAGUGAAACGCCCCAGCAGAGGAAGGUCUGGACGCAAUCGUUGUCAAACACAACACCGAAAUCCGUAUCCAGCCCGAGGCUGGUUGAGACAAUCGAUCUCACCGGCGAAGAGAAGAAACGCACACGUAUCAAGGUCAAACCUUAUCAGUCCACUGUUAUCAGCAGCGAUGAGGAUGAAGUGAAAAUACUCGAGGAGAUGCCGAUCACACGGGUGAACUCUCUCGAGAAGAAACUGUCACAUAACUACUUAGUCAGCCCCCAGUGGAUCAUAGAGAUGUUUGUGCCACUUCUGUCAUCAAUAUUGGGCAUUUGCAAACAGAAGUACAGUGAGAAAGAGAGAGAAAGCCUGAGGCAGGUCGAGGAGGAGAAACUCAAGAAGGAGUUGUACGCAAAACACAACCAAUCCCGACGUUUGGAGGCCUUGGAUGCGAGGAUAAGGAAUCACCUUAAGAUUACCGACAUAGUCUUGGAUGACACAGAGGACGAACAAGCACUUGUGGAGUUAACUCCAGAGAUGAAUGAGAAGAUCAAAGCGGCCUUGAGGCCAAACCCUCCGAGCGAGGUACUGGUGGAAGGGUUCGGCCAGAGAUUAACCCGUAACGAUAUUCAGACUCUGAACAGACUGAACUGGCUCAACGAUGAGGUCAUCAACUUCUACUUAAAUCUAAUCAUGGAACGAAGCAAACAAGACAAGAACAUGGCUGUCUACGCUUUCAACACUUUUUUCUACCCAAAGCUGAUCUCACAGGGUUACAACUCUCUGAAAAGGUGGACAAAGAAGGUGGAUAUAUUUGACAAAGAAUUUCUGUUGGUGCCCAUCCAUCUGGGUAUACACUGGUGUAUGGCGACAGUGGACUUCAGAGAUCGUACUAUCCGAUACUACAACAGCAUGGAAUCGGAAAACAACACUUGCCUCUAUGCACUUCUUAAUUACUUAAAUGAGGAGAGUUUGGAUAAAAAGAAAAAGGAAUAUGACAUCAGCGACUGGAAGACUGAAAAUGUUAAGGAUAUUCCGCAACAGAUGAACGGGAGUGACUGUGGCGUGUUCUCGUGCAUGUUCGCAGAGUAUCUCAGUAGAAACGCAAAAAAAUCACCUUUUCUCAAAAGGACAUGCCAUAUUUUCAGGAGAAAAAUG